AUGAAGUCCAUCGGUACUCUGACCCUGUGGGCGACUGUUGUUCACCGGUGCCUCGGUUUCGGCGUCACGGGGAGCAAUGAUGCCAAGGUGUUGGCUAAUGCCCUCUUCUCGGGCCCGGGCAUCACCAUCGUCCAGGCCUCGUUCACUGGAGCUGCAUCAAGCUCUGGCACUUUUAUUGAUGGGCCUUUCGGAAUCGGCAGUGGUGCGAUAUUGACGUCGGGAUCGGCAGUGGGUGCCCUCCCAAACGGAGACCACUACGUCAACAACGGACAACCCGGGUCGGACACAUACUGCAAUGUGAACACGUUCAACGCGGCCAUCUUGACGGUGGAUGUCGUCGUUGGUGUUGGGUAUAAUGGAAUCGACUUCGAAUACAUCAUGGCCUCGGAAGAAGAGGGAGGAUCUGCUGACCCAAUCGGUAUCUUUGUUGGUGGUACGCAGUACGCUACAGAUCAGAACGGCAACCGGAUAACAGCAACAUCUCCAUGGCUGGCUCAGCCCCUCGUCAUUGUGCCCCCAAACAGUGUCACCUCGUACCCUGGCUCGUCGCCGCCAUUCUUACGAUCGGUUCUAGUGACCGGGGCACAGACAAUCGUCAUCGCCAUCUGUGACCAGGGCGACGCGGAAUGGGAUUCUGGCCUCUUGAUCAAAGCUGGAGGCUGCACCGAUUGCGACACUGACUUCCGGCUCGCUUAUGUCACGUCCACCAUCACAACCACAACGACAGGUACAUCGACCCAGACGGCGUCUGGGACUGUAUCGGGGACCAUAUUUGUUUCUGUCAUGGCAGAAACGACGACGACUACUGCUGAGGAGACAACCACAACGGUACCUGAGACCACUACUACGACUGCUGAGACAACAACUGCGGAAAUGACCACUACCACGGCUGAGACAACCACUGAAGAAACGACUACUACCAUGGCUGAGACAACCACUGAGGAAACGACAACUACUACAGCUGAAACCACGACCGAGACCACUACAGCAGAGACAACGACUACUGCCGAGAUGACUACGACUGAAGAAACGACGACUACGGCAGAGACUACUACUGAGACCACAACAUCGGAGGAGCUAACCACCACGACGGAAGAGCCUACAACUACGACCGAGGAGCCCACGACUACGGCUGAAGUCACAAGCACGGCGGAAGAAAGCUCAACGAUGCUUGAGACAACUACCGAGGCGACUACCUCAGUUGGCACUACAUCGGAGACCCCUAUCGAGCCGACCACAACAGAGACGACUGCAGAAUCGCCGACUACGAGCGAUGAGACAAGCACAGAAGAGCCGACUACUGAGACUACCUUGGCCCAGUCGACAGAAACCAUAACAAGUUUGACUACUCAACCAACCACUAGCACUGAGUCACCCACCACUACCCAAUCAGUCACAUGCACUGAACCAUCAACUACAAGCGUUGAACUAUCUACAUCCCUUCAAUCGUCUGCAAUGUGGAGUACCCAGUCAUCAGAUACUACCUCUCAAAUUUCCACCACAUCUAUUGAACCAAGCUCCAUUACCCUCGACUCGUCCUCAAUUUGGAGCAGCGAGUCAUCAUAUACAACCACUCAAGAAUCGACCCUUGAGUCCAUCAGCACACAGACCUCUUCUAUCAUUUUUCAGUUGUCCUCAGACGAGUCAUCAUCAACGGAGACCCUCUCAUCCACCAACGCUCAGCUCCCAACCGUCAUGAGUGUGGAAUCAUCCACAACUCCACCGACCACAAGCACUGAAACAUCCCCAAGCACGAGCACCCAGCUUCUGCCCGUAAUGAGUACUGAAACGUCAUCCACCACAGGUACUGAAGAGUCGACUAGCGAAGUAAUUCCACCCAAAUCUUCAUCGCUGGAGCCUUCGAUUCCAACUUUGGAACACACUACCUCAGACUCAAUGUUCACUGUGUUACCAACACCUGCUCCGCCGUCCGAGAGCACCACCUCGACUGAGCCAAUCGACGCAUCAUCCGCUGAGACCCCAAGUCCGGAGCCCUCAGUCUCUGAGACUGUCACCACAGUUGCUCCUCUGCCCCCUUCAGCCUCUGCAGCAUCGGAAACCUCUACAGAAGCUGCCGCAGCUUCCAACUUGCCAUCAAUCGAGGAUUACGAAUUCAUUGGCUGCCUCGGCUCUCGACAAGGUUAUCCUACCUUUGAAGAGCUGCUGACAGACCCAGAGAUGACAACUGCGCGAUGCAUCGAGCUGGCGGCGGGUAGAAAAUACGUCGGCCUCUACUUCCGGUCAUGCUACGUAGCGGACGAAUUGACCGACACGGGCCUUGUGCAAAAUGGACAGUGCGAUCUUCCAUGUCCCGGAGACCCUGGCCUCUUCUGCGGUGGAAAUGUCGUCAACCGACGCCGUGCUGUCUCCUCAGACAGGCUGUUGACCCUCUAUGCCCUCACUCAAGCCCUGGAUAGUUCAUCCAUUGAAGUGAUACCCUCGACUUCAGAACCACUCAUUCCAAGUUCCCUUGCCCCUAGCCUACCUCCAACUUCUACCCUCGACAUCGUUCCUAGCUUCGAUCCUUCUUCUAUCGACAUUCCUUCCAGUAUCCCUCCUUCAGAAGAAACUUCAGCAAACAACUUGCCCAUUCCUUUUCCCACUCAAGGCCCUUCCCCUCCUAAGGGUUACACUUUCAACGUCACUCAGACAGUCGAGGCUACAUACGCAUCUACUGUGACAACAGUCGUUUACCAAACCAUCAAUCCUCAGGACCCUGAGUACUUGACCGUUACCGAGGUUGUCGUAACUAUAGGGUGCUACCCAUGCGGCCGCUGUGCAGUCCAACCCAUCCCGCCAGUGGAAAUGACGACGAUUGUCCAGCCGUGUAAGGCUUGUGGCUGGCAGGGUGCGAACAGCGUCACUCUCACAAUUCCUAAGGCUGCUUGUACUCCGGCCGUGGGUGAAGGAGACUCAUACCAACCUGGCGCAUGGCGCCGUCCGGCACCUCACAAGGCUGCGGAUGGCGUGUAUUGGAGUGCCGAAGCCAAGGCCACAGAACCAGCAAGCCGUCCAAGACCAGACCAUGGAAUACAUCCCGGAAACCAAUACUCCCCACCUGCAGGAAACGAUCGUUAUCCGGCCGAGCAUGACCAGCCAAGGCCGCCCGUCCAGCAACGGCCUGUCGCGACACACCAAACGCAGCCCGCCAUGACGAAGAAGCCAGCUCCAGAUGCCUCCUUGCCGCCUCCGCCACCAACCAAAGCAGAGCCUGUAAAUCCAGAGGUCCCCGCAGAUUCAGAGCCGACCCAGCCAGAGGACUACGUCUGGGACGACCAGGACGAAUAUGACUCCCCACAGCCUCAUGCGAUCCAUACUCAAGCAGCUCCAAAGCCUGUGAGUGGAUCAGAUAAUUCUAACCUUCCUGCCGAAAACAACCCUUGGGGACCCCCAACUGAUUCGAUAGUCGUGGUUGCGAAGGGUGCGGUGAAUGGAAUCAACGGGUUCAUGAUGGCCGCCUUGGUAUUGCUCGUUAUCUUCUAUUAG